GCAGUCCUCCGACGCGAGUCCGAAGUGCUCGCGCGGAUUCAGGACGGCUUUCAUACGAUGGUCAAGGCACGCAGCAGGGAGGGCCAAGGGCAGAUCGAUAUCACUUGCUUCUUUGAGGAGCUCCCUCUGCCUGGCGUUGGCCAGGUGGUGCCGCAGCACUCAGCAAUUCUCCCGGGAUACAUCCCGAUUGGCAUCCACAGCAAUCAUAUGGACAUGGCCAGAUUUGUCUCUGCGGACGACCCCGGGUUCACGGCUGUCUGCGGGGAGCUCCGCCGGUGGAUCAAGCAAAUAGACACGUCGGAAAGACGUCACCGGGAACCACCGGCCUCGGACCAUACCGGAAGGUCAGGAGAUGGACAGGAUGGAUGCACGAGCUCAGCCGCACGAUUUCUCGUGCCGUACACUAGCAAUCCAGACUUUGUUGGGCGUUCCGACAUCCUCGAACUGCUGAAGAGCCAACUCGGUCAUGGGCAGCCUUUGACAGGCGGUGCUUCGCAGCCGAGAGCGUGUCUCCAUGGUUUGGGCGGCAUUGGGAAAACGCAGAUUGCGCUGGCGUACGCGUUCUGGCUGCGGGAGACGCACCCGGACGUGUCGGUCUUCUGGGUCCACGCAAGCAGCGCCGAGCGGUUCCGCCAAGCGUAUGGUUUUCUCGCACAAGAAUGCCAAGUCCCGGGCUAUGAUGACCCCAAGACCGACGUGCUGCAGUUGGUGAAGAGGUGGUUGGAGCGGAAGGAUUGCGGCCGGUGA